CUUCAAGCAACCUCCAAAGUGCCACCCAAUCUUGGCCUCGUCACUCUUUGCUACCGUCCUGGUGUAUUCUUCUGUGCUUCUCUCAAAAUUCCCAUCCGUCGCUUUGCUGCAUUCUGCGUGCACGCUGCAGUCCGGCUUGUUUGAUAAACUCGCCCUUCUCCAUCACGACUCGGCUGGCUGACCUCGACGACCCGAGCCUGCAAGACACCAUAAACGUCAUGGACCACCGCCGCACCUUCGAGUCCCCGAUGGACUGGGAGUAUCAGGACCAGGGCCCGAUGGAUCCGUCAAGUCCCUUCGCCCGCUCCGCCAGACAGUCACAGCAGAAGCAGAAGAACUCCUUCGCCUCGUCCAACUUCAACACCUUUGGCCACAGGUCGCAGGGCCAGGCACCAUCCAUCUUUCAGCGCACACAAAGCACACCUUCAAAGCCUCUUCCGCCCACACCAGGGCCACCCGCCGCAACGAACUCGGUUCCAUCAAUUUUCUCGGCCAGCAGCUUCUCUCGAACAGCGACCGCCCCUCCUUUCCGCAAUCCUGCCUUCACCACGCCGCGCAAGGCCUUUGAUGCAGAUGUAUUGUCUGAGGUCUCUGGUGCCGAGGACAGUCCCGCCGCUACUGACGCCUCCGACUUCCCUGAAACCCCCGACCGCGACAACCUCGACGACUUCGGACGCAUGACCGUCACGCCUGCUUCCAUGGCCCAUCACAGAUCGCCCUACAAGAAGACCUCUGGCAAAGGCGAGAUCGCCCAGACCAUAUUUGCCUCCAGAGACAAAGUGCGCAAGCGGAGGCGGAACAAUGGCGACAAGGACAUCAGCGGCUACCGCCUCCCGUACCGGUAUGGUGAAGAGUACGAAGGAACCGACUAUGAUUCUGACGAUAGUACGGCACAAGCUGGGCGGCCUUCAUCCUCAUCAUCGGCGGCGGCGAAGCGAGGCAAAGGGUUCUUUGGGCACUUCUUCUCCACCAUCCAGAAGCACCCUCAUGUGCCCCAGAUUCUCGGCUUCUGGCUGACCUUUGUGUUCCACCUUGUCGUCCUGGGCAUCACCUUCUCCAUCAUGUGGAUGGUCUGGUCCGGUCUCCGUGAAGACUUCUUUGCCGCACGGAGAGCCGCCCGUGACGCGAUUGUGAAUGAGAUGGACAAGUGCCGGGCAGACUACAUGGAGAACAGAUGUGCACCGAAAGAGCAACGCCUGCCAGCCAUGUACCAGCUCUGCGAGCAGUGGUUUGAAUGUUUCAACCAAGAUCCUAACAGGAUCAAGAACGUGCAGAUCGGUGCCAAGGGCAUAGUUGAGAUCCUCAAUGAGAUUGUGGAGGCGAUGCACUGGAAGACCAUGAUCGCAUUCAUUGCCCUUGCAGGCAUGUUCUUCUUCAGUGGCAGAUCUCUCAUCAACAACACCACCGGCUACGCCAACUUUGCCGCCCCUGCACCGCCCCCUCGGCCAUUCACAUCACAUGCCGCUUCUAUGGGCCAUCCGAUGAUUAUGUCGCCGCAGGGGAUUGCUUGGGAGCAGAUUCCGCAGACGCCUCGUCAUCUGCACUCACGACAUCUGCUAAACAAUGACGAGACACCGGAAACGGAUGCUUCACCGUCACCAUACAAGGCCUUGCCGGCACCGCAAACUCCGAGCACCCGGCGCAGCCCAAUCAAGGGGGAUCGGGCACGAAGCCCGACGAAAUCAAGAAGUCCAACUAAGAGGUACCGGGACUGACAUGAAGUCGGUCUUGGGCGUCUGUAACAUUCAUGGUUUAUCUUCCCUUUGUCAUCUUUUGUUUCUAACGUCCGGUCAAUUUUGGCGGCGUUUACGGGUACACCUGUAGUGCACCAAAGGAGUAGCAAUCCCAAGGGGUUGAGAUAGACGAA